AUGGAUUCAGACUCAGCUAAAGAAACAAGAAUUGUCCUCCUGGGAAAAACUGGAGCUGGUAAAAGUUCAACAGGGAACACCAUCCUGGGAGAGAAGAAGAAGAAGGCUUUCAAUGUCUACUCGUCUCCUUCAUCUGUGACUAAGGAAUGUCAAAAAGAAACUUGUCACCUGAACGACAGAAAAGUGACCAUCAUUGAUACUCCAGGGCUGUUUGACACAAAGCUCUCUGAUAAAGACUUAAAAACAGAAAUAGAAAAAUGUAUCAUGAUGUCUCCUCCUGGACCACAUAUAUUCCUGCUUGUCAUCAGGCUUGGUGUACGCUUUACAGAAGAGGAGAAGAAUACCAUAAAGUGGAUCAUGAAAAACUUUGGUGAGGAAGUCUCAAAGUACACAGUUGUUGUUUUCACCAGAGGUGAUGAGCUUGAAGGCACCAUUGAGAGCUAUUUGCAGAAAAGUGAAAAGCUGAAGAAGCUCAUUGGUGACUGUGCAGGUAGAUAUGUUGUGUUUAACAAUGAGAACAUUGGAAAUCGCACUCAGGUGAACAAGCUAUCUAAGAUAAUAGACAAGGCAGUAGAAUUAAAUGGAGGCCAUUAUACCAGGAAGCUUUUCGAACAGGCCCAGAAUAAACUAUGGCGGGCUCAGGUUGGACAACGUGUGGAGAAUGCAGGAAGUUGUUUAAUGUUAGCAGCAGCAGGAGCAGCUGCACCUGCAGUUGGUGGUGCAAUGAUGGCAGGGGAAGCUGCAGCUUUGUCAGCCACACAAAUGGCAGCACUAGGAGGUGCAGCAGUUAUGAAAGGUAUCGGAUGGUUAAUCACACCUAAAAAAGACAACAGCUAA